AUGGCUAAUUUUCGUUCCAGCUUGAGUAAGCUUUCGUUUAUUAAAAUACGUCGGUUCUCCGCGUUACGUGAUCAAGAAAAACCUUUAUCUCAGAACUUAGGAUCCUACAUAGGGCCAAAAAAAGUUAAGAUCGUAGAAGUUGGUCCUCGUGAUGGUCUACAAAAUGAAAAGCAGCCUAUAUCAACAGAGAUUAAGAUAAAUUUUAUAAAUAAAUUAUCAAGGACGGGUUUGAAGGUGAUCGAGGCAACUUCUUUUGUGUCGCCGAAACUAGUUCCUCAGAUGGCAGAUUGUGAAGAAGUUAUGAAAAAAAUAACACGUGAACCGGGGGUUAAUUAUCCAGUUCUGACCCCCAAUCUUAAAGGCUUGGAAAAAGCUAUUUCUGUAAACGCAGGAGAAGUGGCUAUUUUUGGUGAAGUCCCACCUGAAGCGGUUGCAAAGAUUGCUGAACGGUUGUACAAGAUGGGAUGUUACGAAAUAUCCCUAGGGGAUACAAUCGGUGUUGGUACACCUGGUUCAUUAACCAACAUGUUAUCCGCAGUACGCAAAGUGAUUCCGGUUGAACGUUUAGCAUUACAUUGCCAUGAUACUUAUGGUCAGGCUCUCGCAAACAUAUAUUGCGCUUCGGAGCAUGGAAUAAGAGUCUUUGAUAGCUCGGUUGCAGGUUUAGGAGGAUGUCCCUUUGCUAAAGGAGCAACCGGAAACGUGGCAACAGAAGACGUGGUAUAUAUGUUACAAGGAAUGGGUUUUCAUACGGGUGUGAAUCUUGAAAAUCUAGUACGCACUGGUAAUUAUAUUUCGCAACAUUUGGGUAGACAAAAUGGAUCGAAAACGGCCGUUGCUUUAACUGCCAAGAAUAAUGUGUGA